AUGAGAUCUGCAGUUUCGAGAGGGAUGUUUUGCUCGUCCCUUGCUGUCCUGCUCUUCUCCUGCCUCACUGUUUCCACGGUAACCAUCACCACAGAGCGACGCGCUGUUGAUGGCGAUGUCAGGACUCUGACCAGCAGCAGUGGCUCCACUGCAGCUGGUAAAACAGGCACCACCUUGUUCCUCCUGACUGGCUACAAGCCACCACUGCCACCGCCGCCCGCCGGACGCAAGGUGGCACCAAAAGCAGCCGAGGUGGAGGACGGGGAUGAUCCAACAGUUAUGGCCGAACUCCCUCCGAAGCCCCUCCCUCAGACCAUGUUGCCAAGGAACAUGACGGCCGACGCCCUGAAGCCUCCACUCGGAGCGGCCCAGGUGGCUCCACCUCCCAGACAGCUGGUGGAUGUGGACGUGUGCAGGGGUUACUUCGACGUUAUGGGGCACUUUGACAGCACGUUCAACUGCUCCAAGGGCAGCUACAUCUACUGCUGUGGUACCUGCCACUACCGCUUCUGCUGCGAGCACCAGAGGAACCGGCUGGACCAGGAGUCCUGCACCAAUUACAAGUCCCCCGUCUGGGCCGACCCACAGGUCCCCGUCACUGUGCCCGCGGGCAACAAGCCUGACCCAGACUUCGAGACGCUUCAGCAGCAGAACAGCAGUACGGCCUAUGUGAUCGGAGGGGUGAUCUCCUUCACGCUGGUGGUGGCUGUGGGCGUCAGGAUUGCCUUCAGCAAGGUGGCGCGUCGGCCUCGAAACAGAGACAUUAACAUGCCAAGAUCACUGGUGGAUAUCUUGCGUCACCAGUCGAGCCCUGUGCAGCAGGGAGAGAGGAACAACACCACAGUGCUGACCACCACCACCUCAGACGGACGCACAUCCAAAAACCUCUACACCCCCAUCCUGCAGAGCAAAGACAACCGCAAGCGUGGACCCCGUAUGAACAACACCCCCCAGCUCUCCUCUGGUCCCAAAUUGCUUUCAGGUAGCGGUAAAGGUCCUGGCGGCGUUGGCGGUGGCAGCAUUAUCGGAGGCGGCAUGAGACACAACAGCAGCCACCCAUCCUUCUCCCACUCCUUCCACAACCUGGCCCAGCUGCCACCGUCCUACGAGGCCACCAUGAAACCCGAGAUCAGCCGCUACAGCUCUCUGAAGAGGCUGGAGAAAGAGCUCGAUGAGUACUCUAGCUACUACACCAAACGUCGCUCCAACAACGCUCCGCCAUCCUUCCAUUCAUCUCAGCACCACCUUCCCUGGGGAGGUGACUACACGCUGGGAUCUAGGGGCACGCUGCCCCUCAACGGCUCCCGGCCCCGUCUCCACAUCCCCGCCUCUACCCCGAACCCCUAUCCGCUGCCCACCCAGACGCACUACACCAGCUCCACCUUCGACAGGCCACCUCGGCGCGUCCGCUCCCAGGACCAGCUGCUGGCACUUGGGGAGGGCAACACGCUGUCCCGCCUGUCCAAGAACCAGCAACACCAGUACUACAAAGCCAUGAUGAGCACCAGCAGGAGCUCCAACUCGCAGACACUCCGCAGGUCCCAUGAGAGGCUCCUGGUCUCACCUGACCGUCUGGAGGACCGGCUGAUCGCGAUGGGGCUGAUGGUAGGAGGAGGUGACAGAGGAGGAGGAAGUGGGAUGGUGCCCACCAUGGGCCGGCUCAGCCACCACCAGAAAGCCCAGUCACAGCAGAACAUCUGCGUCACUCCAUCCAUGGACCGCCACCACAUGAUCAAGAUGAACUCCCACCCCACAUCAGGCCACGACCAUGACCGCAGCUCUGCCGCCAUGCCUGGAAUGGGCAUGCACAGUGGCUGGGACCCCCAUGGGGGCCACAGCGGAGGCGGAGGUGGACCGGUCGGAGGCCACCCCAACGCCCGACGGAUGGCUUUCGCCAGCAAGAGGCAGAACACCAUCGAACAGCUGCACUUCAUCCCCGGAGGAGGAGGAGGGCAGGGACUGCGGACUGGGAGUAAGAACGAGGUGACAGUGUGAGAGAAGGAGGAAGAGAGGAAGAGAAAGAGUGAGGGAAGAGAGGUGAAGGCUGUAAAGUUGUAAAGAAGCUGAAGAUGGGAUGAGGAAAGGAAAGAUGAAGCAGAGAGAUGAGCAGGGAGAGGCGAGGUAACUGAAAAAGAAAUGAGGAAGAGGUUUGAUCUCUGCUGGCUGCCUCACAGGACUGCUCUGUGUCCUGAAAACGAGCAGCAAACAGCCCCCCCGCCCCUUCAUAAAACAUAAAGUGGUGGUUAAAAACAAUCUCUUAGUCAGUAUAGCCAAUUGAUUUUCUCCUUGUCACUUUGUGUGUUGAAAAAGAGAAUACUCAGCCAUUCUUUCUAAAGGGAAGACAGAAAUGUCCACUUAAAAAGAGCAAAAAAUAUCGUAUGAGUGCAGUUUGAAGGCUGCUGGGUAUUCGCUGUGACUUUUAUUGAAGGAUACCUGCUAAGUCUCAUUUGUUGACUUAUCCUUGAGUUUUAUUGCACUGUCCUCUGAGUCCUCGAGUGCUCCGACAGAGAUUCAUCUGUCUUUGAAUCCACUGUGGAUGAUAGAGAGCGCUGAGGCAGAGACUGACAGGUUUGCUUGUCUUUGUAUUUAUAAAAGUAUUUAAGACCAAACAAGUUGCUUUUAUAUGAAAUUAACCUGAUGAUAAUGAUAGUAUUAACAUUACUGAGCCCUGUAGGACUUUGUGUAUAUUUGGUUGAAAACAUAUUUAUCCUUAAGCCAAAGGCUGGACGUGAUUUGUUGUGAUUGGACUAUCAUGAAAGUAAAACUGCUAAAAUAAUCCAGCCAAGCACAGUUAGCUGUCACCUGAUUGCUUUAUGGCGUGAUUCACUAUAGGUACAAAAAAGGUACAAAAACUAAACCUAUGUCAACACAACCUGCUGCCAUAAAGGCCCAGUCACACCAUGAUUUAAACGCUAAAAUGCUGUGGCAAAAUUAAUUCAUUUCAGUGAAAUUUUUGCAGUGCUCAGAGAGCUAGGGGGAGUCUAAAAUGGAGGAAGCUAUCGUAGCUAAUUAGUGGCAUGUUGCGCCAUUCACUUUUAUUUUACCUUGUCUGUUGGAGUAUAAACCUCUCAACAGAAGAGGCAGGGUUUUUAGACAAUUAUGAGACACAAAUACCUCUUUUUAAGAAACUGUGAACUUGUCGAAUUUGUGAAAUUGUCGCAACCAAGAUAAGAAGCUGACAGCUAGCUGUCAGUUGUCUGUUAGCUUUUUACGCCUUUUUUUCCCUCUUCUGUUACUCUAUUGGAUGAAAUUCUGUACAAUCCUAACAACAAGAUGCCAGAGGAGAAUAAAAGGACAUUGAGAAAACAGGAGUAUUGUAGGAGUAUUGACCAGUGCUGUGUCGCAGCUGGCGAACAUUUUAUUGGUUAGCUUGCCAGCUACUGUAAUUCAGCAACAAACCGUGUCAGGAGUCACUACUUCCUCAAGCUUUUUAAAUCCAGAUAUUUCACAAAGACAUGGAUGAAUUUUGCUGUGUCUCUUUCUGGUGUGACCGGGCCUUAAAAGCCACUAAAAUCCACAUUGCAGUCUGAUUUUAGCUAACUUAAAGCCUUUGUAUAGUGAACACUAGUGGGUGUAUAUCAUCUAUGAAACAUUGUGCUGUGACCCUUUGCGUAAUAAUUAGUCCGAUUUUUUUUCUUUUAAUUAGAAGAUUCAAGCUUGUGCAGACUCUGUAUGGGUCAGACAUUUUAAUAUGGACCCUGGCAAAGCAAACAUCUCUCAACACUGUUUUAAACUUUUCAUUGUGACUUUGUAGAGAGUCGUAGAGGUUACUUUUUGCAACUGACUGCUAUUAAGCAAACCCUCUCGUAUGUCUACGACACCACAUGUUACCUGCGAGUUCAGCUGCUAACCUCGUAUGAAGGGAAGGGGGGGACAGACGGGUUCGAGGCCGGGGA